UGGAAGGGACCAUUUCCAUGGGCCAUCUGUCUCCCAGCCAGCAGCCGCCCCGCUCCCACCUCCACCCAGGAGCAGCGCAACAAAGGGACCGCAGCCGCGGCAGCAGGCAGGCAGGAUGGUUCUAGUGCACGUCGGCUAUCUUGUUCUUCCAGUGUUUGGCUCUGUACGAAACAGAGGUGCUCCUUUUCAAAGGUCUCAGCACCCUCAUGCUACCUCCUGCCGGCACUUCCAUCUGGGCCCCCAACCUCAGAUCUCAGCUGACUUCCCUCUCCCUCACCCUGUCCAGCCACAGCCAGGGCUGAACCCUCACAUGGCGACAGCUCACCAGCAUAACGGCCCACUACACCAGCCCCUACCACCUCUGCCAGCCCUGCCGUUUCAGGAUGUGACAGGACCCUCCUUCCUACCUCAGGCGCUACACCAGCAAUACCUCCUCCAGCAGCAGCUCCUCGAGGCCCAGCACCGCAGGCUCAUGCCUCAUCCCAGGCGGACUCAGGAGCGCAUGUCUGUUCAACCUCAUCGGUUACCCCCAGGCUUUGACUUCGGCCACCAACUGCAAACUCCUCAACCCAUGGGGCCCCAGCCCAGGUAUCUAGCUGAAGGCACAGACUGGGAUCUUAGUGUUGAUGCUGGACUGACACAUGCCCAGUUCCAGGUCAGGCCAGUUCCUCAGCACUAUCAACAUUAUUUAGCUACAUCUAGAAUGCACCAUUUCCCCAGAAACACAUCCUCAACGCAGAUGGUAGUCCAUGAAAUCAGAAACUACCCUUAUCCUCAGCUUCAGUUACUUGCUCUUCAGGGACUGAAUCCAAACAGGCACACGUCUGCCGUAAGGGAAAGUUAUGAAGAGCUGCUGCAGCUGGAAGACAGAUUAGGCAGCGUGAACCGGGGAGCUGUGCAGAACACCAUCGAGAGGUUCACUUUCCCACACAAGUACAAAAAGAGAAGACCACAGGAAGACAAAGCUGAGAAGGAGGAUGGGGAGGAGUCGGACACCGAUGAGAAAUGCACAAUCUGUCUGUCUAUGCUUGAAGACGGAGAAGACGUGAGGCGUUUACCCUGUAUGCAUCUAUUUCACCAAGUGUGCGUGGAUCAGUGGCUAGCAACCAGCAAGAAGUGCCCGAUCUGCAGAGUGGACAUUGAAACACAACUUGGCUCUGACAGCUGAAAGAACCAAUGCGGUGCACCAUUUUCCUUACCAGGUCAUAUGGCCAUAAGCCCUUGCAGCAAAAUUUUGCCUUCUGAGCCAUUUGAUUUAGAGGAAAAGUCUGCAAGCACAUUAGCGAAAAGGAGGAAUUGGUGGUACAAUAUCUAGUGGUAGGAGAGGAUCCUAACAGCCAUAUUGGUCCAAUGCAUGGGAGCUGGUAUUCCCAGAGCUAGAAGGCCCUGUGCUACAGAAGAUUUAGUAUCGAUCAUGAAGGAACUAGUGUGUGGUUAGUUUGGCCUGUCAAUCCUGGAUUUCACAAGGAUUGUAUAUAUACCUCUCGAAUAAGUAGACACAUGUUAGGGGGUCUUUAGCUAUUUCUGUGGACAGCAACUGGAGCAUGUUAGCUUAAGAAAUGUUGUGUUUGGUGCCCUAGUCAUCUUGUGGUGGACAUGUCGCUGUUAACCUAAUUUGCACCAAAUAUUUUUUUCAUAGAUUCCUUAUUUUGGUGCCUGACUGAAAUGUG